AUGGCUAAGCAUGGAGCAUUCUUGUUUACUUAUGCUUUCUUCAUUCUCAUACUCAGUAUGAGCUUAUUGUGCAAAGCCAUUGGUCAUGAAGACAGAAAGCCAUAUAUUGUGUACUUGGGGUCACUUCCUCAUGAUGAGUUGUACUCACCAUUGUCUCACCACCUUGGUAUACUCGAAAGAGUUGUCGAGGGCAGUUCUGCUGCAAAUGCCUGGAUAAGAAGUUACAGAAGGAGUUUCAAUGGAUUUGUGGCGGAGCUCACUGACCGUGAGAGCGAAAAGCUUGCUAACAUGAAGGAAGUAGUCUCUGUCUUCCCAAGCAGAACUUACCAACUUCAAACAACAAGAUCUUGGGACUUCAUGAGUUUCGGUGAGACAAUAACUCGAAAUGCCACGUCUGAGAGUGAUGUUAUUAUUGGUGUGAUUGACACUGGAGUUUGGCCUGAAUCAGAUAGUUUUAAAGAUGAAGGUUUUGGGCCUGCUCCUAUGAAAUGGAAAGGUGCUUGUAAUGGUGGAAAAAAUUUCACUUGCAACAAGAAGUUGAUUGGAGCUCGGUUUUUCACAUCAGAGGAGGAAUCUGCAAGGGAUGAAAUUGGUCAUGGAAGCCACACUGCCUCAACGGCAGCUGGGAAUGCCGUAAAGGAUGUGAGUUUUUAUGGACUAGUACCAGGUACUGCAAGAGGAGGAGUUCCCUCUGCGAGAAUUGCUGUAUAUAAAAUCUGCACUCUUGAAGGGUGCACUGGAGAGGCUAUCAUGGCUGCUUUCGACCACGCUAUUGCCGAUGGGGUUGACAUCAUUACAAUUUCAAUUGGACCAAAUCAUGCAUCUCCUUUGGAUGUUGAUCCUAUAGCAAUUGGUGCUUUUCAUGCAAUGGAGAAAGGGAUACUAACCUCAAACUCUGCAGGUAACAAUGGUCCUGAAGAGGGUUCUGUAUCAAGUGUGGCACCGUGGAUUCUUACAGUUGCAGCAAGUAGCACAGAUCGUCGGAUCAUUGACAAGGUUGUUCUUGGAAAUGGAAGCACACUCGUUGGGAGUUCGGUGAACUCUUUCAGUUUAAAUGGAACAAGUUUUCCACUGAUACAUGGAAAAGAUGCUUCAAGUAAGUGCCCCGAAAUCUAUGCUGGGAUUUGUUCACCAGGUUGCCUAGACAGAGAUUUAGUUAAAGGAAAGAUUGUGGUAUGUGAUAAGUUUGGUGGAAAUGUUGAGGCUCAUAAAGCCGGUGCGCUAGGUUCAAUUUUACACUCUUCCACACCUGAU